UAUAUUCCCAAUCUCCCGUUCCUUCGCUCCUUCUAGAGCCUUCGAUAGGUUUAUCGAGAGUUCCGGAGUUCAGACGCCCAAAGCUGUCGUCGCCGCUCUUAUUUUGCUUGCUCUCCCCUUCCCCAUCCCUCCCAUUCUUUCGCAACGCAGCAAGCCUUCGACCCCUCUCUUUCUCCUCUUCCUUGAAACUCGAAAUUAAAAAGCUUCUCUGAAUCUCUUCUCUGUGUUCAACAAGCACGAGAGCUCGAAAGAAAAAUGGCGAAAUACGGGGAGGGUGACAAACGCUGGAUCGUGGAAGAUAGACCAGACGGUACCAACGUCCACAACUGGCACUGGGCCGAGACCAACUGCCUGGAAUGGUCUCGCAACCUCCUUGGCAAGCUACUUUCUGAUCUGACCAUCUUGGACGGCGAGGGCAACCUCUACAUCAAGACCAAGGAGGUUACCAAGGUUGAGGGCGAGGCCUUUAUCAAUAUUCGCAAGGGAAAGAUCAUCCCUGGUUACGAGAUCAGCGUUUCCUUGUCCUGGGAAGGUGAGGCCCGUGAAGCCGAUGGCAAAUCCCUCCUCAAGGUUGAUGGGUCCGUCGAGAUCCCUUACAUUGCCGACGAGAACGCUGACGAAGACCCCGAAAUUAGAGUUAUUCUCAGGGACGAAGGUCCCAUUGGUAGGAGAAUCAAGGAUGCCUUCGUGUCCAAAGGGAAACCCAUUGUAUUGGAGAAAGUUAGGGUUUACGUUGAGAGUAUGGCUAAAGGUGGUCCUGCCAAGGAAGAAUUGGAGGUCAAGAAGCCUUCCACCAACAAAUCUUCUUCGUCACCGGCAGUCACCGCUCCUGCCACCGCCACCGCUAUCGCUACUCCUCCUGCUCAGACGAAGAAGGACGCUAAGAGUAAGGAAGGGUUCAAGUCGAUUUCUUUGACUGAGAAGUUCAAUUGUCGGGCCAAGGAUAUCUACGAGAUCAUGAUGGAUGAGAACAGGUGGAAAGGGUUUACGCAGAGUAAUGCGAAGAUUAGUAGGGAGGUCGGGGGAGAAUUCAGUCUUUUCGAUGGCUCAAUCACGGGGAUCAACCAGGAGUUGCAGGAGGGUGAGCUGAUCGUUCAGAAGUGGAGGUUCGGCAGCUGGGCUGAUGGGAUACAUUCUGUGGUACGCCUUACAUUUGAUGAGCCAGAACCAGGUGUCACCAUUGUCAAGCUGAUGCAGACUGAUGUUCCCGAAGAAGACAGAUAUGGGAACUCCACUGUUGUUGAGAACACGGAGAGGGGAUGGCGGGACCUUAUAUUCUACAAGAUACGCGCAGUUUUUGGCUUUGGAGUCUAAAAUUUUCACCAAAAUAUGCUGGCUCAAUGUAGAAUCUUGAAACCAGUCUUGUCUUUGAGUUUUUGGAUGGCUAAUUUAAUAUAAAGGCCAAAUGAUUUAUGAUAUGAAUGCUAGGUGCUAUAUGCUUUGAACGAUAGUUGAUUUUCUUGUUCACGUCUCUUCAAAGAACAAUUGUUACUAAGUCUGUCUUGCACCAUUUUCUGUAGUCUAAUUCAUGGCCGAAUAUGGGUCCAGAUAAAGCAUAUUGUUGGCUUUCAUGGAAUGUCUAUCUUUGUCUUGUAACGGUGCUUCAUAUUAUAUCUUCAGUAGUGGCAAGUUGAAGGGUGUGCUGA